AUGGCUGUGCACGACGAGCGGUUCAAGGAUAAAGCGCCAAUAUGGAGAGCCGCUCUUCGUGACGCAGCCAAUUUAUCCGGCUUGCAUUUCAAAGGGGAUGAAUUUGAACACGAAUUUAUUGAGAGGAUCACUAAACAGGUUUUGGCGAUUAUUAAAGAGGACACUCUACCAAUCAGAGCAGAGUCCAGAGUGCAAGCUUCCUACGAUUCGUUAUCAUCAUUUUCUGUCUCAAGGCAAUACCAACACCAUGUGUUCCUCAACUUUAGAGGCUGUGAUACUCGCUAUCGUUUUACUGGCAGUCUCUUCAAGGCUCUCCGUGACAAGAAAAUCCACACUUUCAUGGAUGAUGUAGGACUCCACAGGGGGAAUGAUAUAUCAAGAACACUUAUUGAGGCAAUUAAAGGUUCCAGAAUAGCCAUCAUUGUGUUCUCAGAGAAUUAUGCUGAUUCUACUUAUUGCUUGGAUGAACUUGUCAAGAUCUUGGAGUGCCAAGAGUCUGAUGGCCAGAUAGUUUUUCCGGUUUUCUAUGAUGUAAGUCACAAUGAUGUGCGACAUCAGACUGGUCGUUAUGGGGAAGCGAUAGCUAAACAUGAGGAAAAGUUCAAGGAUGACCCAUCAAAAGUCCAAAAAUGGAAACGGGCUUUGCAUCGAGCAGCUAAUUUUACUGGCUUUGUUUUCGAAGGGUACCUUACCAUCUUUUUCACUAUUCCUUUAUUUAUCCAAUAACUACUGAUGGUUUCAGUGGCUAAGAGAAGGGGGUUGAAUCUUAGCCCCUUUUUGC